AUGGCGGCCGCUCCCCGCGCCACCACCCUCUUCCUUUAUAUCCGCCUUCCGCCUCUGCUCUAUACACUUGCCCGCUUGGCCUACUGGCUAGCAGUGGCGCUUGACGUAUUGAAAGUCCGGGGUUCGAACCCCGCUCGGGUGUUCUACUUCUUUGGAGUUUUUGCAACUCUACCGUAUCCCGUGACUCCGCCCCCUCGGGAAUGCUCCGAUUCAUCGACCCAAACUACACAAAAUACAGAAUCCCUUCCUCAGAAUCUUCUAGAAUCCCUCCAACCAAUUUUGACGUCUUCAAUAGCACGUCAUCUCAAAGAACGACGUCUACAAAAAUCAGAAGAUGGCAAAAUUCAGAAUCCUCUAGAAGACGUCGUUGAGGAUCCGAAGCCGUCGAAUGAAUUCAAUACAAUUCCUCGGAUUUCAAAAUUACGAGAUUUGGACAAAAUUCUGGCGCAAAAAUCGAAAAUCCUGGAAUCGCUGAAUGCGGAAAUUGAGGCAAAACGAAAAAUUCUGAAAAUCCAGGAAUCCAGAAGGCGUCAUCCUGAAACUCGGAAGUCGCCAUCGACUUCAGAAGAUUCAGAAGACGUGACGUCUUCUGAAUCCACGUCAUCUUCUUCGGAAGCUUCAGAAUCUUCCUCUGAAUCCUCAAUGUCUUCUACCUCCACGGAAACUUCUGAAUCGUCGAAAAGCGCGCCAAAGACGCCCCAGCCCGAAAACAAACAAGAGGAGCAUAGCAGUAAGGAUACUACAAUCGAAGAUCCAUUCUCAUCUCGCCAAAGAGCCGAAGCUCCGCCCCUUUCUCCAACUACAGUAUACCUGGAAAAUUUGAGACAACAAAUCAUGGAAAAGUAUCAGAACAAAUAUAAUUGA